CUCUGCAGAGGAGCUGGCCCGUUGCCUGCUCCAGCUUGCAGGCCCGGUGCUACGUGGGCUCAGGAGCAGAGCGUUGUGGGGCGGGUGUGCCCGGUCUCCAACAGAUUCUUCCAGUCCUCCUUCCUGCUAUGGAAACCUCUGCCCAUGCCCUGGUCUGGCCCCCAUAUUUUACAGAGAUGAUGAGAGCCUUGGGAUACCCUCGACAUAUUUCUAUGGAAAAUUUCCGCACACCAAAUUUUGAACUUGUAUCUGAAGUUCUUCUCUGGCUUGUGAAAAGGUAUGAACCUCAGACUGACAUCCCUUCUGAUGUUGAGACAGAACAAGACCGAGUUUUCUUCAUUAAGGCAGUUGCCCAAUUCAUGGCCACCAAGGCACAUAUAAAACUCAAUACUAAGAAGCUUUAUCAAGCAGAUGGCUAUGCAGUGAAGGAACUAUUGAAGAUCACCUCUGUCCUUUAUAACGCUAUGAAGACCAAAGGGAUGGAGGGCUCUAAAAUAGAAGAGGACGAUAUCAGCAAAUUCAAGUUUGAUCUUGGCUCAAAGAUUGCAGAUUUGAAAGCAGCCAGGCAGCUUGCUUCUGAAAUCACCUCCAAAGGAGCAUCUCUGUAUGACUUGCUGGGCAAGGAGGUAGAAUUGAGGGAACUGAGAACAGAAGCAAUUGCCAGACCUCUGGAAAUAAAUGAGACUGAAAAAGUGAUGAGAAUUGCAAUAAAGGAUAUUUUGGCGCAGGUUCAGAAGACUAAAGACCUGCUCAAUAACGUGGCCUCUGACGAAGUUAAUUUAGAAGCCAAAAUUGAAAAGAGGAAAUUAGAACUGGAAAGAAACAGGAAGCGCCUCCAGACUCUACAGAGUGUCAGGCCGGCAUUUAUGGACGAAUAUGAGAAGAUUGAGGAAGAAUUGCAAAAGCAGUAUGACAUUUAUCUGGAGAAAUUUCGAAAUCUGGCUUAUCUGGAACAACAACUCGAGGAUCAUCAUAGGAUGGAGCAAGAGAGGUUUGAGGAAGCUGAAAAUACUCUCCGUCUGAUGCAGAACAAGCUAAAGGAAGAAGAAAAGCGACUGCUAAAGAGUGGAAGUAAUGAUGACUCAGACAUUGAUAUCCAGGAGGAUGAUGAAUCCGACAGUGAACUGGAAGAGAGACGGCUAUCCAAGCCACGGACAGCCAUUGAGGUGCUCAUGCAAGGAAGACCUAACAAACGCAUCGUGGGCACAAUGCAAGGUGGAGACUCCGAUGACGAUGAAGACUCAGAGGACAGUGAAAUUGACAUGGAAGAUGACGAAGAAGAUGACGAUUUGGAAGAUGAGAGCAUUGCUCUGUCUCCAGCUAAACCCAGUCGAAGGGUCCGGAAACCAGAGCCCCUGGAAGAGAGUGACAAUGACUUCUGACUUUCUUGCCAAGGGACCUGUGCAGAUUAAAACCCUCAGAUUUGUAGGUAAAUGGGAAUUUAGAAGGUUAGGAAGGAAACAUUUUGUUCACUAAGCCAGUUGGACUCAUUGUUAAUUAUUACCUGUUUUUGCUUUAGCCUCCUAUGGUUACUCCAUGAAGCUUAAAUAAGAACCAGAGCAAACCCCAAAGAUGAUUUUUUUGCCUUAGCUCCUAAAAAGUGGGAAAUACUUGUGUGCUUAGUGAUUCACAUCCACAGGAAAAAAACUUUAGGAGAAAUAAGUUUCUAUGUAAGUUUUGUUGUUGUUAAUCCUCACCUCAGGGUAU